AAUCACACCAUCUAUUACUUAAAUGAUUGAUAUGAUACUACUUGAAAUCCAAUUAUGGUUAAUUGAAGAUAUGCUGAACUGGAAGUAACUUUCUAUCAUGUACUAAGUUUCCAACAGUAAUUCUUCUCUGAAGAAUAUCACAUGCCAUGUCUUCAUUUCCCUAGGAAUAUAUUGAUGCUCAUCCUGAAACUAUAAUUCUGGAUCCUCUUCCUGCUAUCAGGACAUUACUGGACCGAUCAAAGUCUUACGAACUUAUUAGACAGAUAGAACUGUAUAUGAAAGAUGACAGAAUCUGUUCUCCGCCAUUUAUGGAAUUAACAAAUGCAUGUGGAGAAGACACCUUGAAGCAAAUAGAAAAAAAUGGAAUUGCAUUCCCAUUCAUUUGUAAGACAAGAGUCGCCCAUGGAACCAACUCUCAUGAGAUGGCUAUCAUAUUCAACCGGGAAGGCCUGAAAGCCAUCCAACCUCCAUGUGUGAUUCAAAGUUUCAUCAACCACAAUGCUGUCCUGUACAAAGUCUUUGUGGUUGGGGAGUCAUAUACUGUGGUGAAGAGGCCCUCUGUGAAGAACUUCUCAGCAGGCAUUUCUGAUAGAGAGUCAAUAUUUUUCAACAGCCACAAUGUAUCAAAACCAGAAUCCUCUUCCAUCUUAACAGCACUUGAUAAAAUAGAAGGGGUGUUCGAGAGACCAAAUGAUGACGUUAUCCGAGCAAUCUCAAAGACACUAAGACAGACUUUGGGGAUUUCUCUCUUUGGCAUUGACAUUAUCAUUAACAAUCAGACUGGUCAGCAUGCAGUCAUUGAUAUAAAUGCAUUUCCAGGAUAUGAAGGUGUCUCAGAGUUUUUCACUGACCUCCUGAACCACAUAGCUACCACCCUGCAGGAGCAAACUCCAGAAUUGUCCCAGCUGAACCAUAACAAAUUCUUGGCAGAGCAGAGCAGCAGCCUCGUGGGGGAGCGGACAUGCUGUGCUAACACUAGCUGCCGGAGCAUGGCAAGCCAAGACCCCUGGAUUGUGGAGAACGAGACCAACAGCUCAGUCAAGCUGCAGCACCAGAGGCUGGGCUGUAACUCAUCCAUGUCACCGAGCUUUCAGCAGCAUUGUGUGGCCACGUUGGCCACAAAAGCUUCCUCUCAAUGAUCCCUAUCUGUGCCACAGACUGAGAAAGAAAGCAGUCAGCCCCUGGGCUGUGAAUUCAGUGUAAUUUUUUGAAAGAAAGUGAAAUUAGUGAUAUGGGUCCACUUUAACAGAUUCCUCUUAUAGUUCUAUAGUGAGUUUAUCCAUCCAUGUAUGGGUGCCUGUUGUGUGCAUGUAUCUUAAACACUAUAUCUUAAAUGUGGGAGGAUGGAUUUGUGUUUUUUUUCCCUAUGCCUUUUCCUUUUCUUGUAAUCAUCGACCAGAGUUGGGUGAUGAAUCGUCUCGGAUUGAUAAGAAUUUGUGUUGAAAAUUUGCACACUGGGAUUCAACACCCUUCCAUCUUUUUUCCAGCCCAUUCCAAAGAGUAAAACAUGCAUUGAUUGUACACCUAAAUCCAGAGGAAACCUGCAUACCCAGGAUCAGCAUUUUACUUCUUCGUGGAAAACUUCGAAGUUAGAAAGUGCUUCAGAUAGUUUCCCAUUUCCCUAAAGAAGAAUAAUGCCUGGGUAUUUGUUUGCUGUUGUGAAAAACUAUAGGUUGAUGUAAUACUGCCCUUAAUCUCAUUUGGGGGCAGAGGACGUCUUAAUUGUUGGAGGAUUACCACAUCUAACAUAAGAACAAGCUAGGGAGUUUGGCUUUUUCUGCUGCUUUACUGAUCCUGAGACUAAAGGACAUCACUUUCACGUAUUUAUUAACUGAUAGGGUGGCUUAUUUUUAGCUUUGUAUGAUGCACAGAUCCAUUCACUGUGAUUUAUAAUUCAUAGUUUCUUUGUUAGGGUGGGCUUGUGCAUCAUAUUAAACAAAAAACUCAAAUUGUGGAUUAGCAUUACAUGUGAUUUAGGGGCCUGUUUGUAAGCACUACUCUGCACAAGUAUUUUUCCUUAGUGGUGGGUAGAAGUAAAAGUAAAUUUGUUGAAGCAAAUCAGCAGCAAUUUGUCUCCAUUUCUGGUCUAUCAUUUGUGGGGUUGAACAAUUGAGAUACAGUAUAAGGGUAAUAUUUAUCCAACCUGUAAUUCAGUCUGGUUAUAUUUUAAGAACAAGUAACAAAACAACAGUGCAUCUUUAACUCUGUUUCUUUCGACACAACAUCAUCUUUGUGCAGCUUUGAACUGGUCAUUAAUUUGAAAAGGUACUGUGAAUGAGUUUUGGGACUCUUAAUUUGAGACAAUCUGUCUCAGGAAACAUUGUUAAAGUAUUUUACAUAUUAGAUACAUUUGGAAAGAUUGAUCAUCAUGAAUUAGGGAUCUAUGGACUAAUUCACACUCAGGUAAUAGUGUGAAUAUAUACGACAUACAUGCUACAAGUUGUACACAUGAAUCCCAAUUUUUAAAAGGAUAAUAUAUUAGUAAUAUUUGCAUACAGGCAACAUUAUGUGUUUUUUGAUGGAUUAAAGAAAGUUUGAAUUCUCAGAUUCUCUCAGUUCCUAUAAAGAUAACCCAUUUCUUAAUAUGUAUGAACUGAUAUUAAUAUAUUUUCCUCUGCUGAUGGCAGCUUUUUAUUCGUUUCUUUGUUUUUAGAGUAAGGGGAAAAAUGGAAAUAUCUGAUGAAAUAUGAAAGGGAGGUUAAAAAGGGAGGACCAGAAAUGAUUCCAACUAUGAUGUAAGUGCAGGAAACUGUUCAAGAAUUAAUAGGAAGGAGAAUUGCUAUGUUCCUUUGUGGUUUUGUUUCUAAAGUUCUUCAUAAUUCUGCAAUAGGUAUUGACUAUAAAUAGCUGAAGAGACAACAAUAUUUGUAGAUAGGUUUCUUAUAUGACACUAUACAGUCAUUUUGUUUAUUUCUAAUUCAAAUUUGAGUCAUAUGAUGAUCCUGAAUUAUUGUCUAUCUCAAUAAUAACAGUUACUGCAAUUUCCCAAUAAAUUAUUGAUAUUUCUCCAUGCAUAUUUUACAUGCCUUUGGUGGGAGUGAAAAAUAGGUCAGAAAUAUUUUCAUAAAACUUUUUUUCAAUAUAGCAACACUAUUAAAGGUUACUGAUAUUUUUUAAAAAGAUUGGAUUUUAACAUUACGCGCACCCACAAACACACACAAACAAUACAAGCCAAAAUUGUCCUGAUGAAAGGCACCUUUGAACAUAGCUGAGUCUCCCCCUCCCCUGUAAUUUUAAUUAAGGCAAGAGUAUUUCAUUGCUGUACUGAGCAUUGCCACCCCCACCCACCCCAAAUACUACCUCCUUGACUGCUGCUUGCAUGGAUCAAGAAACUAACAAUUUGCAACAGGGUUCAAACCAUCUUGUUCUUCAGCUUGUGGGAGAACCAAGGGAAGAGGCAAAAUAAGUUAGUUCUUCUGGCAUGUCUUCAGGGAACAAGCAAUAUUAUCUGAUUCAGAGGGUUAUUAUGACAAUAUUUUUAAUUUUAAGGAAAAAAACCUCCCCCACAUCAUCAUCAUUUAUACAAUAAAUUUCAGUUCUUAGGUGAGCAAGCUGGAAAAAAGAAUGUUCCAUCUGGUUUAGUUAGAAGACAUUUCAAAAUUGUUGAUCAGCCUGGACUAUUUGAUCCAGUUUAAAUAUAUUUCUGCUAUUUCCUAUUUUUAAUAAUGAGUAAGAAUUUCUUUUAAUGGCUGCCUUCUAAAUUUUGGUUAGCCUAUUUUGCACUGUUUUAUUUCUCCAAAAUAAACUACUGAUACGUAAUUGUACAUUUUAUAUUUAUUUACAAAUGAUAUAUUUCGUAAAUUCUCCAAAGUCUUAAUACAAAGUAUAUCUGAUAAAAGUGCAGUUCAUAUCUUGACUUUAGCUAGAAUCUAAUUUAAUUCUGUAGCCAAAUAGGUUGUCGGCUUCGUUCACCCCUUGAUGUAACUGCUGCUUAUUUAAACAAUUGUUGUUUAUUUAAACAACAGUUCAUACCUUGCAUUUAGUUUAAUAAGAAUGUAUUGCAAGAAGGCUGGCCAACAGACAGUUUGUAAUCCUUUCUGUGGUUUUUUUCGUAUCAGACUAUUUUGUGUGGGAUAAAAUAUGAAUAAUAUUGUCAGGUUCCAGAGAGAGCACAGUGUGCUAUUACAUUACAGAGCACUGAGCAUAUGGUACUAAAAAAAUGAGUGCAAAAUCAAUUAUUUCAUCUCUGUUUGGUUGCAGCAAAUUUCUUGAACUCUUUUUCAAUCUAAAAACACUGCCAUGUGUUCCUCCCCAAGGGCGAUUUUAUGUGAGAACUGAAAUGUGCUUUACAGCCUCCCGUUUGUCAGAGAUUGAAGAUAAACGUGUCUUUUUUUUUCCUUCUGGAAAGCCCUGGGAGAGGAGGGUUGUAGUUUGGUUGUAUGAUUCCAAUUUUUUUCAACCUGAAAGGCCAAGCUCUACUUUUGAGGGUCUGUUGAGUAAUAGCAAAAAUGUUGCCAAUGCACGUAGGUCCCAAAAGAAGCAUUACUGGUGUUGUUAAAUAUUGAAGGACAAUUAAAGUAGACAGACUUAAAUGUACACAAAUAGCAUCCGUGUUUGAUUUGUUUAAGGAAGUGUAACUAUCCAUAACUGCAUCUCUACUCGUGGCAGGAAAAUAAGAAGUAACUUUGUAAACAUUUUUUUCCACUUUUCAGUAUAUAUACAUUACAAAUAAUCUUUUGUGCCUCUCAUUAGAAUGUUUCUUUGUAUAAAGCUAAUUUUCAGUACUAUACUUUAAAUUUCUACCAGAAAAUCAGUCCAUCUUCCUUAUUAGAGAAAUAAGUGUUUGGAUGUAAAAUUCCAGAAAAAUCUUAAUGUGAUUAAAAACAGCUAAAAAUGUAAAACCUCAGUAGACCUGACUUAUCACAUUCUGUUCAAAAUCUGAGGAAGAUUACAUGUUAGAUUUAUGUGAGUGAAUAAUAUCUGCUCCAUGGCUAGAUUACCCUAACUAAUAAAUGAGAAAUAAUUGGUACUAAAAAUGGUUAAAACUUAAAAUUUUUACUCUACAACAAAUAUACUUUUUAUAUCAUAAAUAAGCUAAAGAUCAUAUUAAGAAAGAGUUUAAACCUUUUCAGGUUAAUUUCAAAAUAUGGUAAUUGAUUACAUUUUAUAUAGGCUGUUGUUCCUUUGCUUUAUAUAAUCAGUUAUAAAUGGUAAUUCAUUUAAUAAAUACUGGAAAUCUACUUUUUAAAAAAAAUGAAUUUAAGCUAAGAAAUGAUUAACUAGAAUUAUUAAUUACAUAACAUCAGAACAAAACAUGUGCUCUGUCUGAGUAACAUAAUUAUUUUUUAGACACAUAGUAUAAAAUUCUCCACUCUUAGACAAAUAUAUCUUGGGCUUUUUCUUCCAUCUGCAUCUGGAUAAGCAGAUCAAGAUUUUUUUUGAAUCAGCAAACCUCUUAUCAGCAAGGGCUCUCCUAGUUGGCAGCUUCCUUUCCAUGCCUGAUAACUCAGAAGUGCAGAUAACUGUAGGUUGUUCUGAGCAUUUUAUAAGAUCUUUUCCCAGAAUGUUUAUAUCAUGCUCAGUUCUACUGCUAGCCUGUUCUUGAUUGACACCAUUGUGUGAGCUGGCAAGAGCAAACAGGUACGUGACGUGGCAGACACCUGUGGAUCGAAUUUGGUCUCCCAAACAUUAUUUAAGAAUAAAGUAAUGCUGUUUUCAGAAGCGCCAGGUUGGUGUUUUGACAUCAGUUUUUAAAUCCCCUUUUUUUCUAGAAAAGGGUCUUGAGCCAUUUUUAUUGGGAAUGUAAUGCAGUAACUAUUGGUGUCCCAGUGGUAUUCAAAGGGAAUAGACAUUCCUUACUUUUUAUUCUCAAAAUAUGCUAUGGUAGCCUGUCUUAAGAAAAUUAUUCAUGGCACUGAGCUAUACAUAUGAAGAAAGAAUGUUGGACUUACCUACAAUACCAAGAUACUGAUUUUUUUUUUUUGUUUUUGCUGUCUUCAUAUAACUGUUUACUCCCUUCUAUUCUUAGUUUCUCCCUCCUGUUUCCAUCUAUAUAAAUAUGAAUGAGUUACUUGAUUUGUUGUCUGCAGAAUGUUUCCUUUUUGAACCCAUCAUAUGUAAAGUUGGUGGUGUUCAAGAAGAAAUACACUUCCUUUAUAAAAGCACUUCCUCUUUUGAGACAGUGUAAUCUUCCAUUUUUAUAAGUACUUGAUACACUUUUUUAAGUGUAUCAAAAUAAAAUUUUUCCUGAUGUAAUUUGCGAAUAAUAUUUAAGUCUGUCAGAAUAUGUAAUUCACCACUGAUUCAGUUCAAUCUUAGUAAUAUAAAAAAAUCAAAUUUCCUGAUAAAUGUGGUCCUCAUGAGGGCAAGAAUUACCUAUGAUUGUGUCAAAGAAACUGAGUGCUAACUUUUUCAGAGGCUCUUUACAUUUCUUUACUAAAUAUUGUCUUCUUUAAUGUUUGAAUUGUGUUCCAAAAUGGCAAAUCAGUACAAACCAAUCCAGUUUUCAAUAACAGAGCAUUCCUUCCUCAGUAUCUCAAUAAAGUUAGCUAACACAUUUUAUUUAAGAAUGGCUUUAUAAAAAUAUUACUCUGUAUGCAGUUGGGACUAAGAAUAUAUAAGAAGAGGAAAAAGUUGUUCCUGGAUUAUGGAAUACUGAAUUCAGUUUCCAUUCAAUUCAAGUUUUCAGAAUUAAAAUUGCUGUGUGAUAGUGAAGAAUUCAAUUAGUACAACCUCACCUGCAGUCUGAAUUAGUAUGGUCAAGAAACAUAUUUAUUUGCUAGGUUCAAAGAACCAACCGGUGUUUUGUAACAAGUUUCCUUUAGUCAAACCCACUUUUGUAAAUUGCAUCUAUUUUCCUUGUGAUCUAUUGUUUGGUUUAAUCUUAUUUUCACAGGACAUAAUCCAACAAUUUGCUUAUAAUGAAAAAUUGAGACAUAAAUUCUCAAUGCGCUGUUAGAUUUUACUUUAGAAGACACUACCAAAAUAUUAUAUGUUGUAAUGAUAAGGAUAUUGGGUGGAGGAGGAGACUUGUUUGCAAGUAGUUUAUGGCCCAUUGGCACUUGUAUCUUUCACCAUUCACACAGCAACAUCUUAGUGUAUUGUUUAGUAUGUGAAAGGACUCAUAUUUAUAAAAUGCAAAUAUGUAAGUAUAAAAAUAGUGACAUCUAUGUUUCAGUUUGUGUGCACCCUUAAAUAAUAGGGAUUCUUUCAUGAAAAAAAAGUGCAGUAAAAAUAUGGGAUGUAUUUUUUUUUCCAGUUCUUUAGAAUUCUUCCUUGGUGUUUUCGUAUAGUUCAUAUGUCUUCUUCUGUGUUCAAUUCCAGUCAAUGUCCCAGUGAAUUGGACUCAUCUCUAUGCUAAUAUGGAUUGUACAUCUCUUUUUCUUUUUACCCCUUCACCUCUUCCCAUCUCCUUUUUAUUUUUUGGAUGGGACAGAAUUUGUGGAAAGUUUUACAAAAACUUAAGGCAUGCUUAAGCAUUUUAUCAGUUCAAAGUUGAAGUUAUCUUGGACCAUUUCUUUAUUAUGUCACGUUUGAAUUAAGGAUAUCAAUGCUGUCUUCUGCUAUUUUAGAUAGUGUUAUAGCAAGUGUGAGUGUUGUGAUUCGCUUUGGCCCUGUUCACAAAAUUACUUUCAUAAAAUUAAAUUUUUUCGUAUUUAGAGUGUCUGUGUGUACACAACGAUACACACAUGCAUAUAAAUAUAUAUGAUUUCAUUUUUUAAAAAAUAGCCCUAUAUAAAACCAAAAAUAUUAGUACCUUGGCUGUUUACUUGUAGUGCAUGACUGACGUCCUUCUCAAUAAUCACAUGGUGCUUCUCUUGCUUAAAUCAUUGAUUUCCAUAAUCUUUUUUCUUCAUUUCAUCCUUAUUUGCCAAACACUUGUGACAAAUAUUUUACUAUUUUAACCAUAGAGUUAAAAUGCACUUAAAUCUCCUCUGUUGUUUCAAUGUCUGCUUCAGGGAGAAAACUCCAUUUUCCAAAAACAUGAUUAAAAUAAAUGCCUUAUACAAAACCUCA